CACACAGGAUCCGGUCUUCACCACCAAACUCACGUCCUUGCAGGUUUUAUUUAGCAGAGAAUUAAUUAUUAAUACAGAAAUAAUGAAUCAACAUUUGCUCCCAGGAGGUCGCUUUCAAUCUCACGAGCACGUUUCACGCAGAUGUCAACUUUAACUUCCUCUUCUCUCUCGUCUCUUCCUGUGUUUGUGUCUCCUCUUCAUCAGGACCGGCUCAGAUCUACAGGAUGAGACGAGCAACCCGCUUCAUCAUCCUCAUCCUCUCCCUGUGCUCGGGUCAGAGGUCAGACCACAGAAGGUCGUCAUGCAGUCGCUGUGACCUCCAUCUCAGCUGUAACUGCUCCUACGGGGAAUUCUCUCAUGUUCCCAUGGUAACAGACGAAGCUCUGAGUCUUGAUCUGUCCUUUAACAACAUCACCGUGGUGACCAACAAUGACCUGACUGGUCACUCACGGCUGAAGGUUCUGAAUCUCCACGGUAACCGAUUAGCUGUGAUCCAUCCUUUGGCGUUUGACUCCCUGUGGAGCCUGGAGGACUUGGAUCUGUCUGACAACCAGCUGAAGGCUCUCAACCACCAGUGGUUCUGGAAGCUGGAAGCUCUGCAGAGACUCAACCUGCUCAACAACCUGUACAGCUGCCUGGGUUCUCCACCGUUGUUUCAUGGACUCGUCAGACUAAGGAGGCUGCUGUUUGGAGGUCCCACUCUGAAGGAGCUGAGGAGAGGAGAUCUGUGUGGAGUCACCCAACUGGAAGAGCUCACUGUGGAGGCCAACAACCUGACCAUAUAUGACUCUGGUACUUUAGGGGAUAUUUGGCCUCUGGGUCGAGUCACCGUUAGCCUCCAUGGUCCUUUUCUAACAAACACGUCCCUGGCAUCAGCUAUGCUGGAUGAUGUGUCGUACCCUGAGACUUCAAUCACCCUAAAGGACCUCUAUCUGAAAGGACCUGAGUCUGUUGCACCCCUCAAAGCCUCCGCUAAGAAGAGAGUCAGGCAUUUUUCCUUCUAUAAGUCUGAAACAUCAGAUGAGUCUGUGGUUGACCUCCUGGUGGUGUUGGAUGGAGUUCCAGUCACUCGCCUCAACUUUGAAGACAUCACACUGACAGGUGAGGGAAGGUAAG